AUGGAAAAUCAAUUAUUUCAAUUAAAAUUCACAAGUAAACAAUUAGAGAGACAAUCUAAAAAAUCAGAACAGAGUGAAAAGGCACAGAAACUUAAAUUGAAAAAAGCUAUAGAACAAGGAAAUAUGGAUGGAGCACGUAUCUAUGCACAGAAUGCAAUCAGAGAAAAGAAUCAAAGUUUAAAUUAUCUACGUUUGGCAUCACGUAUUGAUGCUGUUGCUUCACGUGUCGAAACUGCCAUUAGAAUGAAGUCGGUCACUGGUUCAAUGGCAAAUAUCGUAAAGUCAAUGGAGAGAUCGAUGCGAUCAAUGGAUCUAGAAAAAAUAACUCAAGUUAUGGAUCAGUUUGAACGUCAGUUUGAAGACUUGGACGUUCAAUCGGUCUAUGUCGAAAAUGCAAUGAAUCAAACUACCACCCUUUCUACUCCUGCCGAUCAAGUCGAUCUACUCAUAUCUCAAGUCGCCGACGAACAUGGACUUGCUCUUGGAAUGCAAAUGGGUUCUGUCCCUUCUGAAAAGGUUCAACAAGUUGAAACUGAUGAAUUAACUGAAAGAUUAAAUAGAUUAAAACAAAAGAAUUAA